AUGGAUCCAAUAGAAAACUAUGAUUUCAUAAAUAAAAGAAAAAGCCAGAUGUAAAAAUGUUUAGAAAAAGAUAGCAAGUUAGAUGUUUUGAACUAGAGGGUUGAGGAAUCUUGCCAAAGCGAGCUAGAUUAAAUUCCAAUGGAUUUUUUAAAUCAAAAAAAUAAUUAAACUCAAUAAUUUUCAAACAUAAUUUCUCAAUAUGACGAGUAGAAUUAGACAGUUUUUUUGAACUAAAAUUUUAAUGAGACUAAUAAUAAGAGCCAUAGUCAUAGCAUUAAAUUUGUUAAUCAUAUACAUAAUUAACUACUUAAUAAUGACAGCAAAAUUAUGGAAUAAACAGAUUAUGAAAAUGGAUAAACUAAAGCAAAUAAACUAAAAGCUAAAAAUACUUAAGUAUUAAACUAUUUUUAAUCAAAAAAUGAUCCAUCAAAGGGCCUUUUGUAAUCGAAAGAGUUUGUGCUUUUGUCCAAAAUAAAAAGCAAAAUGAAGAAAUUCUUCAGAGAAAAGACUUAUGGAGGAAAAAACUUUAAUCUAUAGAAUCCAAAGCUAAGGAUGUUAAUUAAUGACAAAAUGCAGAAGCUGAAUGAUAUCUAAAUAUCUAUCUGUAUGUUAAUUCAAAAUUAUUAUAUGAUGCAGCUUGUUAAGUUGGUCUUGAAGGUUUUUGUUAUCGCUCAUAUUAUCGCAUGUCUUUGGUAUCUAGUAGGAUAUAUAGAGCUCGAGUAUAUAGGAGAGGAAUAAACUUGGUUUGAUGAAAGUAUAGCAGCUACUGAUAGAAAUUGGGUAAAGUUAUAUAUUUGCUCUCUAUAUUGGUCACUUACCUUGAUGACAACAGGCUCUAAUGAAGCUCAUACAGUGCUUUAAAUUUCAUUUACUUCAUUUAUUAUGCUUUUUACAACGAUUAUAUUUGGUUAUCUACUAAAUAUUAUUGGCAUUAUACUUUCUGAAGUUGAUUAAGAAGAAGAAAACUAAAGAAGAGAUAUCAAUCAAAUAAACAAAUACAUGAGAAAAAGACUCAUAAGCAAAAAUCUUUAGAGAGAAAUAAACUUAGACUUAGAAUAUUACUAUCACCACAAUUUCAAAAAAAAUGAUGAUCAAAAUUAAGUUGUUCUUUCUAAAAUAUCAGAAAAUCUCCUAAAGGAUUUGAAAAAGGAGUAUUUUGGUAGAUUGUUGAAAAAAAUAGAUAUUAUUACAGGAUAAUUCAGUCAAGAAACAUAAUAAAAGUUACUAUUUUGUAUAGAAGAACAAAACUACCUUCCAGGCCAAGUUAUUAAUAAUUAUCAAAACUAUGAUGAAUUUAGAUUGAUUUAUAUUAUUUAAGGCUAAGUUGAACUUGUAAGAUCUUGUUCUGAUAAUUCUAGCACUGGGUUUGUAAUAGAUACUUUUGGUAAGGAUAAAGUGAUAGGCUAAAUAGCCUUUUUUUCAGGUAUUUAGGAUGAAAUUACCUUUAAAGUAGUUGAUUUUACUUAAGUUUUGUCUAUUCCUAGAGAUAAAUUCUUAGAAAUAGUAAAGUAAAAUGAAUUGGAUAUGCAAAUUUUUUGUAGUAUUAAAGACAAAAUAAAGUUUAACUAUAAUUUCGAAGAUAUCAAAAUUAAAUGCGAUAUUUGUAACGGUUUAGUUCAUUAACAAUAUGACUGCCCACUGCUUCAUUUUGAUAAAUAAAGUUAUAAAGUUAAGGUAAAUUAUAUCCUGAAUUUAAAGUAAAGAAGAUAAAAUUACGAUCGAAAAUAUAAAUAUCAGUGUAAUACGCUAGUUAGAUAAUACUAAACAGAAGAUGCUUGCAAAUUAUUUAAUAUGAGUAAUAAUGUAUAAGAAUUUUUUGUAACUUCACCUUAUUUUAACCAUUCUGUAAGUUUAGUAGAAGGUCUUCUUGAGAGUGAAAAUGAAGUAGAAAAUUGUAAUUUUAACAUGAAAACAGCAAGAUCAAUUGGCUAAAUAAAAUAAGAAGAAGAAGAAAGCAAGUCGCUAAGUGCAGAGCUUAUAAAGAAGAAGAAGAAAACUCUUAUUAAGAAAAGGAAUUCAUAAUAAAUUUGUUUAAAUGUAGACAGCCAAUUAUCAAAUUUCCUACAUGAUGAGUGCAACACUUCAGAAAAUUCUAUUAAAGAAAAGUUACAAAAGGAAACAAGUAUUGUAAGCAAGUUAAUGGAAAAUUCUACAGCUCAUGGAGUUUAGCAAAAUCAAACUAUUCAAUCAAAUUUACAGGGCAUCAUAAAAGCAAUUACCUAAUAGUACUUACUAAAAUUUUCUAAGUUAGAAAACAUACUAAAAGGAUUUUCAGGUUAGCAAUUAAUUUUAGGAAAGUAAAUAAAUUAAAACUCAUAAAGAGGGAAUACAUAAAAUUCAAUUAUCGAUAACAUUAUUUUAUUAGAUUUUGAUUUAAAGAAAGAUUACACUAUAUAUUUUCCUAAUGGAAAUCUGGAAAAGAUCCUAUUAAAUUAUAACUAAAAAGUUAGGAAAAAUGCUAUUAAAAUAUUAAAAAGGAAAAAGAAAUGA